GGGGGUGCCCCUGUCAUGGCCGCCCCCGCUCUGCGGCCCUGAGCGCUCUCAGCCCCGGAAGCGCCGAGCCCGCCUCGCGCCGCCGCCGCCGCCGCCAUGGGCACCGUACACGCCCGGAGUUUGGAGCCUCUUCCUAUGCCUGGGCCAAACUUUGGUGCCUUGGGAGAGGAAGCUGAACUGGUUGAAGUUGAACCUGAGACCAAGCAGGAAAUUCUUGAAAACAAAGAUGUGGUGGUUCAGCAUGUGCAUUUCGAAGGACUUGGAAGGACCAAAGAUGACAUCAUCAUGUAUGAAAUCGCUGAUGUUUUCCAGGCUAAAAAUCUCAUUGAUGUGAUGAGAAAAUCACAUGAAGCUCGUGAGAAGUUGCUUCGGCUUGGAAUCUUUAGACAGGUGGAUGUUCUGAUUGAUACCUGCCAAGGAGAUGAUGCCCUUCCAAAUGGUUUAGAUGUGACCUUUGAGGUAACAGAAUUGAGAAGGUUGACUGGAAGCUAUAACACUAUGGUUGGCAACAAUGAAGGCAGCAUGGUACUUGGGCUCAAGUUCCCAAAUCUCUUUGGACGUGCAGAAAAGGUGACCUUCCAGUUCUCCUAUGGAACAAAGGAAACUUCAUAUGGACUGUCCUUUUUCAAACCGCGACCUGGAAACUUUGAAAGAAAUUUUUCAGUUAAUGUGUACAAAGUAACUGGACAGUUCCCUUGGAGCUCUCUUCGGGAAACCGACAGAGGAGUAUCGUUAGAAUUUAAUUUUCCUGUCUGGAAGACCAAUCACACACUGAAGUGGGAGGGUGUUUGGAGAGAGCUUGGCUGCCUUGCUAGAACAGCAUCCUUUUCUGUUCGAGAAGAAAGUGGACACUCUCURAAAUCUUCUCUUUCUCAUGCCAUGGUAAUUGAUUCYCGGAACUCGUCAAUCUUGCCAAAACGAGGUGCUUUGCUGAAAAUUAAUCAGGAACUGGCUGGAUAUACAGGUGGAGAUGUGAACUUUCUGAAAGAGGAUUUUGAAAUUCAGUUGAAUAAGCAACUUCUCUGGGAUUCGGUUAUUUCUGCAUCACUUUGGGGUGGCAUGCUGGUACCUAUUGGAGACAAGCCAUCCAGUAUAGCUGACAGGUUUUACCUUGGUGGACCAACAAGUGUGCGUGGAUUCAGUAUGUACAGCAUUGGACCCCAGAGUGAAGGUGAUUACUUGGGAGGAGAAGCCUACUGGGCUGGAGGGGUGCAUCUCUACACUCCUCUCCCUUUCCGACCAGGCCGGGGAGGGUUUGGAGAUCUUUUCCGAACACACUUCUUCCUUAAUGCUGGAAACCUCUGCAACCUCAAUUAUGGUGACGGUCCCAGGGCGCACCUGCAGAGGCUGGCAGAGUGCAUCCGAUGGUCSUACGGUGCCGGAAUAGUGCUCCGCCUGGGAAACAUCGCCAGGUUGGAACUCAACUACUGCUUCCCCAUGGGAGUACAGGCUGGAGACAGGAUAUGUGAUGGUAUUCAGUUCGGAGCGGGAAUAAGAUUUCUAUAAUACAGAAAUAUUUUACAUCACUAAAUGAAACUGUGCUCUGGAGAUGAAAUCAAGACUAUAACAUAUUUCAAAAUGGUCUAACUUUUUUUCCUUGAAAUGCAGAUACACAGCUGAGUGAUUUACCUCUUGGACUYCACAAGAAACAUUAAAUAAUUAUGCUUUAAAGGUUCAUUGUAUCUCUGAUUCUUAUCAAAGAUAGGAGAGUGUUUUUAGGAGUCUGUCUUACAGCUUGUAGUUAUUGGUUUUUAGUUGAAAUAUUAGUGUUAUGUCAGAUAUUGGCUSUUGGAUAUGGUUCAUAUCAUUAGAGUUGUUACUGUCUUGCACAGYCUUCCCUCUUCCAACCACAGGUUUCACGAGUUGGGAUGACUUGAGUAGGAGUAUGGUUGGAAUGCAAAGUAAGGGGUAGCAGUUUUUCUCCAUCUUCUGUGAGCAGAAGACCCUCCAAAAGCCACUAACAGUCAAAAAUUGUACCAUUUUAAUGGUUCUACAUGAAUCAAAAUGUUCUGAUUCAAAUAUAUUGCACUAUUGUAAAUCACCUCUGUUUAAAUGCCUCCUACAAUCUGAAUUGUAUACUGUAAAAAUUAAAGGCAUCUGUCUAGCAUAGUAAAUACUAAAAUUAUAAUUUUAAAAGGUUCGUGGCUCUGAAYUCUGAAUGUUUUAAUGCUCUCAGCAAAGCAUUUAUUUAUGCUUUGCAAAGACAGCUUUUUGUAGCAGUUGCAGAAAGGGACUCUGGGCAUGUGAGCAUGUGGAACUACUUGRUUUUCCCUUUGUGUCUCUCUACUGACUUGUUGAGAUGCUAAUUUCACUUUCAGGUCACCUCUGGCUUUAUCACCUGGUGUAUAUUCCAGUUCAUAAGGGUGGAUGAAUUCAUUACUGAGGUCCUAACAACUCAUCUUUGGAGGCAGUUGCGUACUGAUUUUUUUAGUAUGUAUYAAUCCUGAGUCGUCAUGCUAAGAGAAUCUGAACUUGGAGUGCACUUCCCCUGCAUCURCAUUUACAUUUUUUUGUUACUAAGUGUUGGCAGAUUUAAAAUCCCAAUACAAAGAAGUUUCAGGGAGAGCAGAACAGAAAGACACAAGCUGUUACACUCUUGAUUUGCUUCUGCUCAGCUAAGGACACAGCUUUGGAUGUACUGGUGCACUACUUGACUUUGCUGAAUAUUGUCAGGACUGCCAUGAAAGCUUGUUCCCAGUGAAGUCAGCACUCAGACUCCACUCUUUUUAAAGAGAACACAGUUUUAUACAUUGCUUUAGCAUUGGUAUGUAUUGCUGCUGUUGUAAUACAGUAAUAAAAUCUGGUUUAGUUGAUAAUUCUCUGAAAUAURAAGGCAGAAACUGGACUACAUAGAUUUGCAGAGUUCUUAACUAAACAUCUUUCCCUCCUCAUUAGGUAGCAGCAAUAGRCUUAUGGUUCAAAUGGUGUGAAUGACAAAAGUCAGUUCUGUUUCAAAUAACAAAAAUUUUUUAUAUAAAAAAACUUUUUCAGUGUGUUUAUCUAACAUAUGGYAGCAGGUACAUAUUUAAACAAGAAUUUUUGAUGAUUUUUUUGUUGUUAUGAGAUAAAAUAUGAAACUAUGUUAAGAAUGUCAACAAAUGUUGUUAGUUUUUUCCAGCACUGUCGAUAUUUUGACAUAUAUAAAUACUUMUAAUGUGACUGUUUAGAUACUAAAAUACUGUUAGGGUUUUCUCYUAGGAGUUCAAAGUUAGUUGUAUUGCCUUAAGAGUUCUAUUUUGURCACUGUGUUUUACUCACAGCUGCUCAAAUGCAGUACUUUCAUGUGACACAGGAGCCCCAAGCUCAGCUGSCUGUUUGAGAGGGCUCAGCCACGUCCUGAGCUGAGCAGGCAUAGGGAAAGAACCCCAAAUUCAGUGUGCACACUGUGCAGCAGCCAGUCCACAAUUAAGCUUUGAGAGAGCUCUUACCUCUAUGAGAAACAAGGGAGGAGUGGAAGAAACUGCUGGAGGCUGAAGACAACUUUUGAAGACAUACUCUGACACACURUGCCACUCACCAAGGAAUUGUCCAGUAGGAAAAACGGAGCAAAAUCAUGUUCUAUGACCUUUACCUGGGUCACUGUUUUCCUCCUAGGAAACUGCACUAGAUUGAAAAGUAACAUUUUCUUAUGGCGUACUGCAAGUGCCCAGAAGCUAUCCAGUAUAGACAGUAUUUCUGAACUCCUCUGGAAGAAGCAUCUCGGUUAUGUKCUUGUUUCUAUGGAAUAUUGAUAUGAUUAUUAUAGUUCCCUUUAAAAUUUGCUGCGAAGACCCCAAAAGAGAUACUUAAAAUAGUUAAGGCAAUAAUCAGAAUUCCAGUAGAUGUUUUUAGUGAUUGUGUUUCUGGCUAGAGUUGCUGGUGAAAGGAGUAAGGCCUGCAGUCAUAACUGUGAUUCAAAAGCAUGGUGUUGGUUUAAAUGGGCAUUUUGGAUAUCAGUUUACCUGUGGAGUAAAGAUGCUAUUCAGGCAUGCCACUGUUAGGGACAGUAAGGUGACAAGGAGUGCCUCAACACAGCAYACCUGAACGUGCUCAUGGACUCCUGAUUUCAUGUGAGCAGUGCUGAGGCGGUAAGGUACUGCCAGGCUCACAGAGUCCCUUCGGCUGUGAUGUUACUUCACUGCUUGCAGCCCUUUCUGGGGGCUGAGGGGGGCUGGGGAGGAGAGGACUGUGUUUGGGGACAAGGUUUGAAGGGUCUCAGUGGUGUGUCAGGGCACCUGAGGAUCUGCGAGAUGAUGGCAGUAGUGUGUCAGAAGCAUGGCCAAUGUUUCCACACCACUUCAAAGACAGUGGCUGGUUUCCAGUUGCUCUGCCUACAUAAAAAAGUUGGAAUUGCUCUUUUUAUUUGGAAGAUCUAAUGGUAUCAGGUACUGGUAAUGAGUAAGUUUCUAGGGGACUUAGGGGAAGGUGAAGGAGGAAACUGAGAGGUUGUGAGAACAUAAGGGGCAGGUUUGCUGCCAUAUUAAGAACAUAACUGUAUUGAUUUAAAAAUAACAAGCUUUACARAUAAAUUACCGUGCUCACCUCAAUAAUAUGGAAGCGUGUUUCAAUGUAAGUACCUUUGCUGUCACUCUGUGCCUUUUUAGCACAAAUCUUGCUCCCAGCUUGGCAGAGGUGUAGCAACUAAGGUUUAGUGCUUCCUACCUCUGCAAAAUACCUGCUGAUUGGGCUUCUGUGUAGAAACAGCUGUCCCUGUUGUGCCCUUUGAGGGAAGUAUUCCAAGUCUUUCCCACAUGCGAGCAAACAUAGGGAAAAUGAGGAGGGGUCAGGUUGGCUCUCCUUUCUCUGGGCUAGGUGAGCAGUUAGUCACAUGAAAAAGUAUGAAUUUUUAAUGUGAUGUUACAGGGGAAGAAAACACCAUUACUCCCUUGUGGAGUAAUUAAGGAGUUGGUCAGAUGUAUAGAAAAUUAUCCUAAACUUUGUAUGGGAGAACAUAAGAAAAUAAUGCUAAAAUUACAGAAUUUGAGUGKCCAGCACAGUUUGUUCUGCUAUCAUUGUCUUGUUUUCAAGAGGACUGGAGCCUGCAGCCACAGCAGUAGGAGUCUUUUUUAGGAYAAAUUUUGCACAGCUUCUCCACCAUGGCAAACUUGUUGAGAUAGUGGAUGUAUGUUUUUAUGACAGUAGUGCUAAAUUGCUGUCAGCAUCUGUAGUGCUGUUGGAUGAUUUAACCUUAAUUUGUACUGAGUAUAUCCUGUGCUUUCUUUGCUUGUUAAGUAAAAAUUGCAAUCCAGUCUGCAGCCAGUAGAGCUAAUGUCUGCAUGGAAUAAAUGCUCUUUGUAAAAGCWUUUUAGUUAAAUAGAAUACAUAAUAGAAGGCACUCUGAAGCAAAUCAGUGGCAUCAGUUAGGUGGUUCAUUUCUACCUCAGUAUUAAAAACAUUAUUAAUACUGUCCCCCCC